AUGCGCGUGGACCCUCCACCCCCGGGACUGUUUCAUCUGGCCCAUACUGCGGACGGGCUGGAGAUCAGUACCGACCCGCGCGGCUUCCCCGCCCCCCUGCGCAGCCUGCAGGCCGGGGCGGAGGCCAUGCGCCGCGCCCGGGAGCUGUGGGGCAUGUGGCGCCGGCCCGCGGCAGCGCGCGGGGAGGAGGACUGGGUGGACAUCCCCCUGCCCCGCCUCAUCCGGCGGACCACGCUGGAGCGCCGGCUGGUCCCCGCCCGCCCCGAGGCCCUGCCCGGCGAGGCCGCUGCCGCUGCCGCGCACGCCAAGGCGCUGGCCAAGGUCCGCAGCGCGGCGCAGCGUGCCGCCAAGCUGGCGGCCGCCGCGGGGCUGGACUUCGAGCCCCCGCCCGGCCUGGGGCAGGGCGAGAUGCCGGGCGCCUUCCCCAAGCUCGACGACUGCGCCCCUAGCCUGAGCGGGGUGCAGAGCAGCGGCCCAGGCUCGCCGCGCUUCAACGGCGGGCUGGCCUCGCAGGAGAACACGCCGCUGGCCUCAGCGGGGCUGAACCAGACACAGUUCUCCUCUGCGGACACGACCCUCACCGCCAACUACCCGGCGUACCUGCAGGCAUCCCCGCGCGAGCGCUCGGAGACCGGCGGCCGCGCCGCUCCCCAGUACGGCGACUCUCUCGCGGCGGCGCCUGCCGGGGAUGCGGGGCCUGUGCCUGUGGGCGUGGACGCCUCCCUCUUUCCCCCCGGCUACAAAUUCCGGGGCCCCAGCCGGCGCACCCCCCCCAAGAGCUGGCGCCUGAAGCUCAAGGACAUCACCCCCGCCCUGACCGGGCGCACCGUUCAACUGCACUGGCCGGACGACAACCUGUGGUGGCCGGCGGUGGUCCGCGCCGUGGACGUGCCGCGCCGCUCCGUGGUGCUUUUCUACGAGACGGGGGACGAGGAGAGCAUCGACCUGGCCAAGCUGGUGGCCGCGGGGGAGGUGGCCUGGGUGGAGCCGCCCUCGGCGCCGGGCACCCAGGCCGGCGCACAGAAGCGGGCGAGGCAGGGGAGCGAUGAGGAGGCGGAGCCGGGCGCCGUGCUGGGCUCGCUGCCGCGCGAGGGCCUGCUGACGGUGGACCUGGGGGGGCUGGACGGCAGCCUGCACCUCUCCCUCUUCGACGACGACCAGGCCUGGCAGGUCCAGCUCAUGGAGUAG